AUGGACGGUCCCACAUCCAAGGCUCCUAUGUUCACGAAGGACGACAUCCUCAACGAGCUUCUAUCGACGGAGGGCCGCAUGUUGAACUCGCAGCUCGUGCUGCGUUUCGCGCACUACUUCAAAAACCCCUCGACGAAAGAAGAGGCGAGGGCGAAAUUCAAAGAUUACGUGAACAAGAUGGCCACGCUGAUCACGGAUCCCAAAACCGGUGAAAAGUUCCUAGUCCUCCGGCCCGAGGUCCGUGAGCAGCUCCACCAACGGAAUUUCGCACCAGCUGGCAUGAAUCUGCCGUCGACGAACGGUCACCUGCCAGCUAGAGGGAGCCAACCGCCUCAAAUGUCGGAAGAUCCACCGAAGAUAUUGCAUUCGAAGGCAGCUCAUCGGAAUCCUCACGGAAAACCUCCGCCGCAAUCUCAGCCGCAAGCCCCGAUGCGCCCGUCCCGACAGCCUCCCAUGUAUCAACAAGCCGUGAAUGCCUCGAAAAUGAGUCGACCUCCGCAGGGUGUUGGGCAGCAGAAUUUGGCCCAACCGCCGGCCCCUCAUCCCUCGCAGGGCCGACCGUCAUCAUUGAAACUCGUCCACGACAGUCAUUCGUUCAUGCACGGGGAUCCGGGACACCAGAGACGGAGCUCAGCAGGAACAAUCAACACCCAGCUCCUUCAGCAGUCGGGAAUGGUGAUUCCAAAAAAUAUUAGCGGAGGCUCGUUGCCCCCGCCGCCCCCGUCGAGGUCCUUAUCGAAGAGUGUACCCAGUCUCUUGAGUGAAACGGAUUCACCGCCCGCUGUCCCUUCAAGGAGUCGGAGACACUCUACGAAAGGAACGGUCGUCGAGGAAAAAGUCAAACAGUUUGCCGAGAAGGAAUUCGUGAAGGAUGAUGUCCGUCAGACCGUGACGGAAAAAACGUCGGUAGCUGUGAGUCCCGGUACUGUAAUGGAGAAGGUGCGCAUGCUGAAAAUGACUUCGGACGGAAACCUGACAGCCCCGCAGCCCCAAAUAAAUAUCAGGCCCGCACAGAACAAGGACUCGGGACGGAGGGUCCUCAGUUCUCGGAACUCGAACCAGGAUUCGGACGACAGAUGCUCUGUUUCCACGCUGGACCCUGCUAGACGAGAAUUCUGUCGGAAAGCUAUGACAUGCGACUACCAGUCCAUGCAGAAAAUGUUACAAGAGGAGCCGACUCUGGCAAAAGCCAUCGAUUACGUUCUCGGUUAUAAUGCUUUGCAUUGGGCAGCGAAAAAUGGCAACAGCGAUGUUGUGAAACUCAUAGCGGGAACUUACAAUGUCGACCCGAACAUCAGAACCCGCGGGGCUGGCCAGACACCGCUUCACAUCGCUUAUAUGUUCAACCAGAAGUCCAUUAUCGACCUCCUCAUCAUGACGUACGGUGCCCAAAAGGACAUACGUGACUUCAGUGGACGGAAGCCAGAUUUCUACGGAAAUCAGAAGAAUGUCGAAACGCUUCGUUCAAAAAUCUACCAUCAGAAGGAAGAGAAGGAAGAUAAGUCCGAAGAGAACACGUUUGCAAAACCCGAGACGAAGCCAUUUGCCAAGCGCUAUGGAUCAUUCAAUGUCAACAUCAAGAAGACUCUCCAUCACUUGAACCUCAAAAAUUGGGAAGGUUUGGGUGGGGUGGACGAGGAAUCCCACAGUCUUCCCCCAUUACACAGGGCAAGUCGUAAACUGCCCAAACGAGCUAAGCGCACUGCCUCACUACUCUCAUCGGUGACAGGACGCUCAACAGCCCCACCAACGUUGACUGAGGAGAAAGCGGACUCAGAUUCCGACAGUGCUUAUGGGUUCAAUUCUUGAUAUCCAAAGCUUUGCGUUUGCAGUUACAUGUGUACAAUACGAAUGUAAAGUUCCCAGCUCGCGCUUCGGUGCGGGGCGGAGGAACGCGUCGUCAGUGGCCGCCGCUUCUACGUCGAAACGAAGAUGUCACUCUUGACACUCCUUGGCCCGUCGCUCACUUUUAUCCCAUCCGCAAUAUACAAUAAGUUUACCCAUGGAUUCUAUCAUGGGUUUUGUCGAUGGGUGCUCCCCCGUUCCGAAGAACUCCGAGGUCUGUUCUUCGGUGAGCCGGGGACCUCACAUGAAUUGUGAUAUUGUUGCCGCCAUCGGUCCCUUCCUGCUCACAACAAUAGAGUGAUUGAUGAACGUGUGCCACGAUCAGCAGAUUUCAGAGGAAUUCCAAAUAGCUGGCAUGGAUAUGCAGAGCUCAAAACUCUGGCGAAGAUCCGGAGUAGAUUUCUCCCUGGAUUCAAAACUCGCGAUGUUCGCGGUAUCCCCCUAUCCAAUGUACAUAGUUCACGGGGACGUAAUGGAGCGAGCGAUAACCUCGAAAUCGGAACCUUCUGCACAAAUAUUGCGCGAUAUGGAAGGUCUCAAAUAAAAGAAAGAAGCAGGUCGCAGUU